UCCAAUCUUUGUGUCAAAAGUUUGGGAUUUAUUACUACAUUUAUAGAUUGUAGAUAUUUGUAAAUUUCAAUAUUAUGGCUGUAAAUCCCACAAAAUAUUUUAGUAAAGACUUAAUUAAUAAACCAAUACCGCUUGACGUGUGGCUACAAGGAACUAUCGAAGAAACCAUUGGAAAUGAUAUACUAAUAAUCUCAGAUAACUUUGGGAAAGUCAAAAUAACAAAAUGUGAAUCAGCUGAUGGAGCCGUGGAUACAAAGAGUUUAUGCAAAGGAACAUAUUGUUGUAUAAUAGGUGUGGCAGUAAACACUAAAGAAAUUCCUGAAGUUCAGGCAACUAAAUUUAUAGACCUAAGUAUGCAGCCUCCGAUGAAAAUGUCUUGGGAGACUGAAGUGAAGGAAGCACAAUUAUUAUUACAAGGAAAAAUAUUACCUAUAAUCAAAUAAAACAAUAUUUUGAUAUGA